GAAGCGGCGGCGGCGGCAGCGGCGGCGGCACCUCAGGCUCGCGCUGUGCCCCCGCCGAGCGGCGCCUCGCGGGGCCGAGCCCGCCCAUGGGGCUGUAGCGGAGCCCGCUGAGGAGGGGACGGGGAGCGGGAGCCGCCAUGCAGCAGGUACUGGAUAACCUCACUGAUCUGCCGACGUCAACAGGCGCUGAAGAAAUAGAUCUGAUUUUUCUCAAAGGAAUUAUGGAAAACCCUAUUGUAAGAUCACUUGCUAAGGCUCAUGAGCGACUAGAAGAUUCUAAACUUGAGGCUGUCAGUGACAACAAUCUGGAGCUGGUGAAUGAAAUUCUUGAAGACAUCAGUCCCUUAAUAAACAAAGAUGAGAAUAUUGCGGAAUUGGUUGGAAUACUGAAGGAGCCUCAUUUUCAGUCACUCUUGGAAGCACAUGAUAUUGUGGCUUCAAAAUGUUACGAUUCCCCUCCUUCUAGCCCAGAAGUCAAUAAUUCUUCAGUGAACAACCAAAUUGUUCCAGUAGAUGCUAUUCGUAUUCUUGGAAUUCACAAAAGAGCAGGAGAACCACUGGGUGUUACGUUUAGAGUUGAGAACAACGAUCUGGUAAUAGCACGAAUUCUCCAUGGCGGAAUGAUAGAUCGACAAGGUCUUCUGCACGUAGGUGACAUUAUUAAAGAGGUGAAUGGCCAUGAAGUUGGAAACAAUCCAAAAGAACUGCAGGAACUGCUGAAAAAUAUUAGUGGCAGUGUCACUCUGAAGAUUCUCCCCAGCUACAGAGAUACUGUUAUUCCUCAACAGGUUUUUGUGAAGUGUCAUUUUGAUUAUAAUCCAUAUAAUGACAACCUCAUCCCAUGCAAAGAAGCAGGUUUGAAAUUUUCUAAAGGAGAAAUUCUUCAGAUUGUAAACCGUGAAGAUCCAAAUUGGUGGCAGGCUAGUCAUGUCAAAGAAGGAGGAAGUGCGGGGCUUAUUCCUAGCCAAUUCCUGGAAGAGAAGAGAAAGGCUUUUGUUAGGAGGGACUGGGACAACUCAGGGCCUUUCUGUGGAACAAUAAGCAGCAAAAAAAAGAAAAAGAUGAUGUAUCUCACUACAAGAAAUGCAGAAUUUGAUCGUCAUGAAAUCCAGAUCUAUGAGGAAGUAGCCAAAAUGCCUCCUUUUCAGAGGAAAACAUUGGUCUUAAUUGGUGCCCAAGGAGUGGGGCGAAGAAGCUUGAAGAACAGGUUUAUAGUACUGAAUCCUACUAGGUUUGGAACUACAGUGCCAUUUACUUCACGAAAGCCAAGGGAUGAUGAAAAGGAUGGGCAAGCAUACAGAUUUGUGUCACGAGCUGAAAUGGAGAUGGAUAUUAAAGCUGGCAGAUACCUAGAGCAUGGAGAAUAUGAAGGAAAUCUUUAUGGCACUAAAAUUGAUUCUAUCCUUGAAGUUGUUCAGACAGGAAGGACCUGCAUCUUGGAUGUGAAUCCACAGGCCCUUAAAAUACUGAGGACUUCAGAAUUCAUGCCCUAUGUAGUGUUCAUUGCUGCUCCAGAGCUGGAGACUUUGCGUGCUAUGCAUAAGGCUGUGGUAGAUGCUGGAAUUACAACCAAACUUCUCACUGACACUGAUUUGAAAAAAACAGUGGAUGAAAGUGCCCGGAUCCAGCGAGCGUACAACCACUAUUUUGAUCUGACCAUUGUAAAUGACAACCUAGACAAAGCCUUUGAGAAGCUACAGACUGCUAUAGAGAAACUGAGGCUGGAACCACAGUGGGUCCCCAUUAGCUGGGUAUAUUGAGCGUGCUGAAGAUGAGCAUAAGUAACAAAUAAAAUCAACUGCAGCAAAUAAACUAAUGUGACAAGAUGUUGUGUAGAUACCAACGAUAACCUGCGGCACCUGUGCGUUUUUACUCUGUGUAUAGUCAAAAGUACACUAUUCUGACUUUUUAUAAAAAAAAUGUUGAAGGGAAAGUGUACUUAAAUAUGUAAUUUAUUUUAAUUUUUCUAACUUUUUACAGAUAACCUUUCUAUUCAUAUCACAUGAAGGAAAUGCGUUUAAGCAUUUUAUAUGUUUUGAUUUAGUACCUUUGCCUUUUUCAUCUAAGAAACUUUCAGUCAUUCACUUUAACAUUUACAUCCUGGUCUUACAUUUUCACUGUGAUUAAAAAGAGGAUACUUGAAACAAUUUUUGUAAAACUUGUUAAUGUCAGUGUUUAACUGGUCAAAAGUCUGUAGCUUUUAUUAGGAAAGAACACUAAUUUCUUUUUUUUUUCCUUAAAAAAUAGUAAUUUAAUGGGAGCAGAAUUCUAAAUACUAAAAGCAACAACCAACACCCAGCUCCAUUGCUCCAGCUUCUUUCUCAUUGCUCCAGCUUCUUUCUGCUUAAUGUUGAUGCAUUCUUGAUGUUUCACAAAUUCCUGAUGUCUCUUGAUUUAGACAACUGUACUGUUCUGUAGGUUCCCUUAUAUGUGUCUCUUAAAAUAACAUAAAGCAAUACCUUGCAAGCUUGGUUAGUUCUUGGGAGCUAACCUGUUAGCCUGUUACGGUUGAAGUACCCAUGUUAGAAAGCUUGUACGCAAGGUAUUUCAGUACAAUGGUGAAGUAGCCUAGAGAGAACCUGAUAACGUGGAGCCUUGUAGAAUGAAGCUUAAUGUUUAGCGAUGUUUUUUCACACUUGUGAAAACACAUUGCUUAAAAAAAAGGAAAAAAAACAGUAUUUUAUUUUCUUAGGACAUUGUUUGAUAUUUAUAUAGUGAUCUGUGGCUUAAUUUCCUGUGAUAUUUAGCUAAGUUCUCUAUUAUCUUCUGGAAUAUUUGUGUGAUAAACUGUUGUAUUUUUGAGCGUGAUAUAAUGGAAUUUCUGUGCUCUUUGUUGCAUUGUGUUUUUAAUUGAUUUUUUCAUCCAAUAGCUUGUGAAUUGGAAGCUUACUGCUAAAAAGCAAUGUUGUUUAUCCUGUUUUUGUUUUACAACAUUUUCAUUUAGGUUUAGUGACAAUUCUCCCCUUAGUAGGCUCAUUGGUACAAUUCAUAUUAGCUUCAAGUUCAUUCAUCAAAACUUACGCUAAUGUAAAUUUCUGCUUGACAAGAACAAAAUGGAAAUAUAGCUUGUCGCUAAGACUAGCUCUUUUUGUGCUCACAUUUUAUAUUACCAUCUUAGCUGUUGUAUAUAGUAACAUACACCAUCAAUUAUCAGGUUAGGUGUCUAAACACAAGUCAUCUAUUUGUUUAAUUGCUCUUCCACCUGGUGACAGGCACCUGGCUUCUGAAUUAUUUUUCAACACCAAAGCGUGACACAGAAUGCUGUCAAAAAGGCAACGUCCUCAGAACUGUUUCUGAAGGAAAAGAAGCUUCGACACUGUAAAUCAGUGUCGUUUCUGGGGCUCUUACAUACUUCUAUGUGCACAAGGGAAACUGUUGAUACGUAGUAUAGGAAGUGUAAAUGUAAAAAAAAAAAAAAGAGAAAAUCAAAAACACCCCACCUGUAUACUAUGGAUGAUAUUUACAAAGCCUAUAAAGUUGGUUGUUUGGUGAGCGGGGAAGGUGGGGAGCAAUGUGAGAUCCCAGAGCAUUUGGAAAAUAUGAAUCAAAAAUGUGUGUAAGCACAGGUCAUCGGUGCGGCUGUUAACGCUGAGAUUUCAGUCUUUUAGAGGGAAUUUGACAUUUUCUAAGCAAAAUUUGUACCGCUACUUUGCUUUAUUGUUACAGUUUUCAGGAUGUGUUUGCUCUGGUUUUGUUUAAGUUUGGCAGAGCUUUGAAGCGUGGCAGCAGCACAAGACCUUUAUUUGCCUUUCCCAGGAGACAUGUUCUGUGAUCCUGUCGCUCAGAGGCUGCUUUGAGAAAUGGAUCAAAUGUUUUAUGUAGCAGCAAAGAUAGCAGAGCCAUUGCUUGACUAUUUUGAUGACUUACUCUUGGCACUACAAGCUGAACGUGACUAAACUGUGUUUGUAUACUGUGUAACAGAAGACUUGCAUAUGCUGUAAAUAAGAUGUGCUAACUGGACAGAUAUGAUGCCUUUUCAUUGUAAGUUAGAAAAUGCUCUAUUUGUGAUGCCAAAAGUGGGCUGAGCUCACUCUUCCUCAAAUAAUGGAAUGAGAAGAUUCUUCAGUUCCGACAUUGUUGCUGUUUCUAUUGCAGAAUAUCACUCAUUUUCAUGUUUUUUUUUUUUUGUACACUUAGCCAAAUGAAUCCCAUGAAACAUGGGCACCAAGGUUUAGUAAAGAAAACCGUGCUCCUUCUAUUUCCAUCUCAGAUCAUGCUGUCAGAAGAGCCUACCUAGUGAGCAGUCUCCAAAUAGCCAUGCAUUUGCUAAAGGCUAAAACUUCAGCUUGUGCUUAAGCUCCACAUAGCGUUUUAAAAUCUAGCACAUUUCAGUUAGCACAGCAGAGCCUAGCGGCUGACCCUGUGCUGGUAAUGUCGAUGCUAAUGAGAAGUACGAUUCUGAAGCAGUAAGAGAUGGGUUGCUUAGGUUGCAUUCAAGGAUCGUUAGCAAAGUGACUGCAGGUUUUAAUUGGAUGGUCACGUGCAAGUGUUAAAAAAACAAAGAACAUUCCUUGCAUCUGUUUGUUAAAUUAUGCAAAUUGAGAGUCCAGAUUGGCAGGUUUGUAACAUUUUGGAUUUUUUUAAAGCGAAAUCAGAUUUUCAUCGGAUAUUCUGUUUAGUUUGUCACUACCUGGUAGGAUUACUAGAAUAAAAGUUAUUUUUAUUAAAACAAAACAAAACAUUCUUGGAGGGUCUUAGAACAAAGGUGCCAUUGCAGUCAUACACAGAGUGGUGAUAGACUCUACCUGUUCUUUACAGCAGAUCAGAAGUUAGAUAGGGACCUGCACAUUGUGCAAUUAGGGGAAAGAUGCUUUGAAAGGCUAGUUUUGAGCAAGUGAAAACUUUUCAUAUAACAGCUGUGUGAAGUAUUCUUAGGGGAUUUCAAAUAACAAGGAUUUCAUGUAUCUCAUUCUGUAUGAAACAUUCAUUUUCCGGAUACUAACAGGAAAAGUUUUUACAUUGACUGUUAAUAACAAUAGGUGUGUCUGAGCAAGGUGAAGAUGCUGCUAAAUGUUUAAGAUAUGUGGUAUGUAUCACAAGAUAAUUAUUUAAGUAGUUUAGAAAAGUGAAUUAUCAAAUAGUUGUCUGUGUAUAUGUAUGUAUGUGGAUGGUAAAACAAAAAAUGCUCAUGUCUGCUACCACAUUACUAUCUACCAUGACUUAAUCCAGAAACGUACCUGCAUGUGAGACUAGAACUGGUACACUUCUCUACCUGGUUUAUUGUGUUUACUAAUGUAUAUUUUUCUAAAUAUACAGAUAUUUCAAUCUAAAAAUUCUAUAUUUAUCUGUAAUUUCUAUGUUUUAAACAGUGCAUGAGGUGCUGUAAAAUUCUGUACAUAUAGAGAGACUUAUAAAAGAAACACUGUAGUUGCCCUGUGUAUGAAGAGUUAUACAUAAAAAUACAGUCAGUACGCCAAGACCCCUAAGUUAUUUCCUUAAACACACCAAAAAUUCGUCUAAGUAUACAUCAACCUCAACUUUAAUGUAAAUACUUUGGUGUACGUAUAUCCAAGUGACUGAUUACCUUGCUGUCUCUUAAGUUACACUGGCAGGCCUACUUGAGGUUCCACAUCAUGUGACGAGCUGUUUGACAAUAUGUCACCUUGCAUGGACCUACCAAGGGCUUUACAGAUGAUCUGCAAAUAUAAAAUGAGGGUAAAAUCACGUACUGAGCCAGGCACGGGAAAUAAAUUUACACCCAGUGCAGUAUUCCUCAUUUGUGCACAGUCCUCAGGUCAGUGCAGCUCUGUGCACUUGAUCAUAAGAAAAGCUUUCUGCAGCAGGACAGCAGACCCUCUCUUCACUCUGGAAUUUGUGUUUACAUAAACUCACAGCUUUGACAGGCUCAAAAUGGAAAAAAAUUAUUUUGCUGAUCCUCUGUUCUAAUUCAUUGCAUCUUCUAAAAUCACACCAAAGUGGUUUGCUGUACGAGUUGCUUGCAGCUCGGUGUUAAGGAAGUUGUCUGUGGUUGGUUUGUUGGUUUUUAAAGGGUGAUUCAGAUAAUAAAUAGGAAACUCUUUUUCUCUUUUAAACACAGAAAAUUCCUAGCUUGGGACCCUUUGGAGCCAAGUUUGCCUCUCUGUUGUGCUUAAGGACCAGUAUAGAGUGACCAAGUAGAUCAGUAGAUCACAACUUCAGGAGAUCUGGGUUAUUGCUGUUUUUAUACAAACUGUUACUGUGAACAAGAACAAAUUCAAACUUCCUUUUACCUAUUCCUUGGUUUUCCAUCCAGUCUUCAUCUAUCUUCUUCGUUCAGAUUGAAAGCUGAGGCAGAUGCCACUUCUCAAAGCAUCUAUAGUGCCUACUGCAAUAGCUUCCCAGCCGCUCGUUGUGCCUGUAGGAACAGCUUUAAGACCAGUUGCAGGUGGAAUUCUGUCACAUCUAUCAUGCAAAUGGAUACGGAUUAUUUACUUCAUGUAGGGUUUCUUGCCUCACCCAAGUUCUGAAGCGUUAAAGCACUGUGUCGUUAUUGCCAAACUUAAUGAUACUACUUUGCAACAGUGUUAGCGAUCAAUUUAUCCGUGGUCAGGUUGUACUUAGUUGAUGUGAAGACUUCUAGUCUGCUAGACUUGCCUUAAAUCUCUCUCUAGCUGUCAGUCAUCUCGGGAGUUCUUCAGUUAAGGUACUUUCACUUGCUUUCUCUGGCAGACUGUCAUUAUUGAAGGUGGUGAAAUGAAGUCCUGGCCCCCUUCCCCAAACAACACCCAACCCCACCCUUCAGUUUUGACUUUUUAAAGAACCUUACUGACGUGAAUUGUUUGGGAUUCCCAACUUGGCUUGUAGAGGUAGUAGUGUUCAAUACAGACACCGGUAUUCCAGAAUGGUGUGACGUAGUGCUUGCAGUCCCAACACUAAAGAAACAAUCCUAAUACAUUGCAAACACUUGUAAUGAGUAUUAAGAGGCAGCUUUGGCUUCCAAAUAUAUUCAAAGUGCACUCACACACACACGUAGAGCUAUGUAGAUAGAUAAGUUAGUCUUAGGGUUAAUAUACUGCAAGAAAUUCAAAACAGCAUCUGCUAACUUACUUGAACUCUUCAUCUUGGACCACAGUGGGGUACUAUUCCACAAACCGUCACUUGUUGAACUGCUGAAUUCUUAGUUCAUUUACUGGUACCGAAGCUGGAAUUUACCUGCACAGACUUAGAAACAAAAAUUCCAGCUUGGUAAAGGCUGUUAAGCAAUUUCACAUCUAAACUUUUUUUUUUCUUUAAGGAGAGUUUCAGUAAUAUUUAUUUUAUAGGAUACAUUGCAUUUAAAGUAAAUGUGAAUUUUGUUUUCAAUAUUUUUAACCCUUUCUCCUGCUAGUUGGGUAUGGAUUUUCUUUUGCUGCUAAUGCAGUGGUUGGAUGUGGAAUAUGGCCAAGCUGCCAAGUCAUGGCUCUGUAAGUAGCUAACAUUUACCUAGAAUAUGAUAAAAUCUUUUCCAAAAACCCAAAUAAAUUCUCAGUUCUCUGAUAUCUUACACAAUAUGUAGUGUAGAGCAAAACUAAUGAUAGUGCUUUGUGCAGUUCUGGGAGUGGCAGCAAAAUUGUUAGCUGCCAAAAUCGGGCUUUUUUUUGGACUGAUUUUUGUUGGUUUAUGUCUUGUACACACUUAUAUACGGAGAGAACAGCAGAAUGGAUUUCUUCCCCUUUAAAAAUGCACGUUGAGCUUUCCCUCCCCAAGUCCCGCAUUACACAUUACCUGUUUGCAACACUUGAGUACUCUGAUAGAAGGGGAACCUCCUCCUUAGGAUUUAGAAUACAAGAAAGUUUGCCUCCUUCUCCCCCCAAAGUGGGCUAAUAACUAUAAAGUCUUGUUUAAGUAAGCGUACUGCUUUAAAUGUGUAUUGAAAGUCUGUCACUGUGCAUUUCUUUACCUUGCUUGUUCUCACAAGGUUUUUUUUUUUCCUAUUGGAAGCUUUGCAUGUUGGAUUUUUUUCCUUCUACAGAAUACUAAACUGGAUUUGACACUUGUAAAACUUUAAGAACUGCUCUCCUGUAAAAAAAAAUAAAUACUUCUUAUUAGAAAACAUCAUACAAAAGAAAAUCUUAACUAUUUCUAAUGUGAAGCUGAAGAUGAUUUAGUACCUAAGUGUUUGAAUACAAUGCUAUAGAGCAGGCCUAGAUGGGACUUGUUAGCAUUCUGACUUGACAUUAAUAAAGUCAGCUAAUACGUAGGACAUUUUUAAAUUGUAAUUUGUUUUUUAAAACCCCCAUUGUCUUUUUCACAGCUAAUAUUUUCACAAUAAACACAGCCAAGCAUAAAAAUAUUAAUGUACAAAUUGUGAAAUUCUGUUAAUUCCCAACAAAAUAUUUUUGUAUAUAAUAAAGAUUUAAUAUU